AUGGGAAUCAAAAAGUUUGUACAUUUUUUAAUUUUAUUUUUUAUAUUAGGUGCAGGUUUGUUAACAUUUUUCACAAUCUUGUCCGGUGGUAGGAGUAGCGGAACAUUGGGGAAAUUUUAUUGGUUGGAAGCAGAUACUCAGAAUAUAGGAAAUGCUCAAAAUACUACGAGAUGGACGAAUUAUAUGUCUUGUGGGUUUACUAACGGAAACUAUCAUGAUUGUUCUUCUAGAAUGGCCGGAUAUCCAUUUUCUCCAAGGGAUAAUUUUAAUACAUCCGCAAACUUGCCAAGCACUUUUGUUAGACAUAGAAAAACUUACUACUAUCUAUCGAGGGUUGGUUGGGCUAUGUUAUUGAUUGGAUUAUUUUUCAUUUUAUGUACACUUAUUCCUUCUGUUUUGGCCUUGUGCUUUUCGAUCCCAUCUGUUUUGGUUUGUUCUUCCGUUUUUGUUUGGCUAUCUUGGUUUUUCAUCACCUUGGCAGCAUGCUUACUCACUGCAUGCUAUGUCAAGGGUAGGAAUGCCUUUCAAAACGACAACAGACAUGCUAAAUUGGGUGUUAAGAAUUUUGCGUUUAUCUGGACUACUGUUGCCUUACUAACCAUUAGUGCUUUCUGGUAUCCAGUUUCAACGAUUAUUGCGAAGGGUCAAAGACAAGGCUACAUAUAUGGUAAUAAAAAGAAUACACAGGCACAGAAUUAUGAUUACGAAACUUCUUCUAGUGAGAACAAUGAAAAGUUUACUAAUGACGCAAACUCUUCUGGGUAUCCUUUAGUUGAAAAUCUGCAGGAUAACCAGAUUGCCAAUAACAAUAAUAAUACAGCUAAUAUCAAUCAGCAACCGGCUAACCCAAACACUCGCACUAGUGCUGGCAAGAUCGCUUUCCAAAAAACUAACAGAGACCCUGAAGUUAUAAAGAAGACCAAUAUGAUGAGUAGUAAAAACACUGAUAAUAGUGGUGCUAUUAUUAAUGAUGAGCAGAAUCCUAGAGUUGUAACUACUUAUAACAAUGAGAAACAGAAAUCUUCAGAUUCCAAUAAAAAGUCUUUCCUACAAAAUGCAAGUCAUAACAAAGAUACCUCUUAG